AUGUCUCAUCCUAUCCAGGUGUCGACAAGCGAUCCGAUAUAUCCCCCUGGAUUCAGCCCCUAUGCUAACACAUUCAAUGUCGCUGGAACUUAUAUGGUACGCCCUUCGAAUACGCCUGUGAUAAGUAAUCCACUCUUUCUGUCAACUGCCCCGACUAACAACAUUCUGCAGCCAACGAUGGUGCCCACAUCCAACAGCGAUCCUCCGCCUAAAAUUCGGCGUGAUCAGAGUUACACUCUUGAAGAGGCCAUUAAAAUUUCAAGCUCUCAUCCCCACAUUCAUCAAUAUAGCUCCCCUGUCGAAAUUGAGAAGAUGGUCAAAAAUGAGGAACAUGAAGAAAUGACUAAGAAAAUGAAGUGUUUGGAACAGAGUAUAAGAGAUAUGCAAGGACUAGGAGGCCACAAAGGCAUCUCGUUCAGUGACUUGUGUAUGUUUCCUCAUGUCCAUUUGCCUGCUGGUUUUAAAACUCCAAAGUUUGAAAAAUACGAUGGUCACGGAGAACCCAUAGCUCAUCUAAAGAGAUAUUGCAACCAAUUGAGGGGUGCAGAGGGCAAAGAAGAGUUACUUAUGACCUAUUUUGGGGAAAGCUUAGUAGGGAUUGCAUCUGAAUGGUUCAUAGAUCAGGAUAUCACCAACUGGCACACAUGGGAUGAUUUGGCUCGAUGUUUUGUACAACAAUUCCAAUAUAAUAUUGACAUUGUUCCAGAUCGCUCCUCAUUAGCCAACAUGAGAAAAAAGACCAUGGAAAAUUUUCGUGAAUAUGCUAUCAGAUGGAGGGAACAAGCUGCUAGGGUUAAACCACCGAUGAAGGAGUCCGAGAUGAUUGACGUUUUUCUCCAGUCGCAAGAACCUAAUUACUUUCACUAUCUGCUUUCUUCUGUAGGGAAGACAUUCGCUGAAGUUAUUAAGGUAGGGGAAAUGGUGGAAAAUGGCAUAAAGUCUGGAAAGAUUGUAAGUCAAGAUGACGUAAAAUCCACAACACAAGUGCUUCAAAAUGGUUCUGGAAAUAUUGGAGGGAAGAAGAGAAGGGAGGAUGUGGCCGCUAUUGUAUCAGCGCCUAGGACUCAUGUCCAAGGUAAUUCCUCACAAGAAUAUUUUCCUUCCCAAGCUCCACAUUAUUCUGUCCCAUACACUCCAUAUCAUGUUUUUAAUGCACAACCAUUUGCACCCCCUUCUUAUCCACAAUGGCAUGCACCAACUCCACAAAAUCAUCCACCGCCCCCACAAGUUCAUCAAAAUACUGCUAGAAUUCCUUUCCAUCCUAGACCACAAUACAAAAAGGGAAAUGGCGUUAAAGAUGAGUUCACUCCUAUUGGGGAGUCGUAUUCUAGCUUGUUCCAAAAAUUAAGGAAGUUGAAUGUUUUGAGUCUUAUAGAGAGAAAGAUGUCGAAUCCUCCCCCGAGAAAUUUGGAUUAUUCUCAACAUUGA